AUGGAAUACGAUCAGACAGAAUACGAAGGUGACACCUACUACAAUAAUUAUAAUGAAGACAGAUACAGCGAUGCCGAUCCUUAUGAGCCUAAAAUGCCUGAUAUUAUCAAGAAAUUUUUACUCUACUUCAGAAACGCCAUUAAUGAAGGAAUGGUGUAUGAAAUGCAAAAUUUAUAUGAAAAUACGUUUCCAAAACUAUCCGAUCAAUUUUUUGACAAAGCUCCAUGGCCUAGCGAUAAGGAAGUCCGCACCAUUAUGGAUGAUGAUAAAACAUUCUUAAUGCUGUACAAAGAACUGUACUAUCGACAUAUUUUUGCUCGUGUACCAAAUGGACCUUCAACAAAACAGCGUUUUGGAUCAUUUUACAAUUACUGUGAUCUAUUCAAUUAUAUCUUUACUUGUGAGACUCCGGUACCAUUAGAAUUACCCGAACAAUGGUUAUGGGAGCUUGUUGAUGAGUUUGUGUAUCAAUUCCAAUCCUUUACCCAAUUUCGGUCUCGAAGUCGGAAAACUCAAGAAGAAAUUGAUAUGCUUGCUUCAAAUAAUGAAGUAUGGAAUGUCUUGUUGGUUUUAAACGUUCUGCAUUCGUUUAUUAAUAAAUCCAAUAUCAAACUGCAAUUGGAAGUUACUGCAAGUGGGGGAGAUCCAGAUUCUGUAGCUGGAGAAUUUGGCCGUCAUUCUCUAUAUAAAAUGUUGGGUUAUUAUUCAAUGAUUGGACUGUUGCGCUUACAUAGCCUUUUUGGAGAUUAUUAUUUAGCCAUUAAGGUUUUGGAAAACAUUGAUAUGCAUAAAAAGAACGCAUAUAGUUCUGUACCAGCAUGUCACAUUUCUACAGCAUACUAUGUUGGAUUUGCUUACAUGAUGAUGCGUCGCUAUUCUGAUGCGAUUCGUACAUUUAGUUCAAUUUUGUUGUACAUUCAAAGAACAAAGCAGCUUUUCCAGACUCGCACAUACCAGAAUGAUCAAAUUAACAAACAGACUGAUCAGAUGUACACAUUAUUAGCUAUGUGUUUAGUUUUACAUCCACAGUGCGUUGAUGAAUCAAUCCAGCAAGUAUUACGUGAAAAGAACUACACUGACAGGAUGUUUAAAAUGCAAUACGGUGAUUUACAAGAGUUUGAAAAUUGUUUCCAACUGGCUUGUCCUAAAUUCUUAUCAAUGGACCCAGCUGAAGAUUCAGUUAAAGAAGCAGUGAAAUAUCAAACCUCAGUUUUUAUGUCUGAAGUUAAACAACAAAAAAUGUUGCCUACAAUUCGCAGUUAUUUGAAAUUAUACACAACUCUGCCAAUUAAUAAAUUGGUGACAUUUAUGGCACAAGGACAACAAGGUCAACACGAAGGUAAUGAACCUACCGAUGACAAAGAAAAUUUGACUAAACAUUUAUUGUGUUUCAAACACAAAAUGAAGAAUAUUGUAUGGAAUAAAGGUGCAUCUGGAUUAGAUGGAUACUUUCAUUCAGGAUCUGAGUUGGACUUUUAUAUUGAUCGUGAUAUGAUACACAUAGCAGAUACCAAGGUUGCUCAUCGUUAUGGGGAUUUCUUCAUUAGAAAAGUAUUGAAAUUUGAAGAGCUUAAUCGUAAGCUAAAAGCUAUAAAGGUUUAA